GCCGGGCGAGCCGGGCUGGAGGCGACACUGGAUCGAUCCGUAGUCGCAGCUCGGGCUACAACCGGAGCAGCCGGGAUCCAGAACCGGAUCGGGAGCGGGAGACGGAGCCGGAGCCAAGCCGAGCUCGCCGACUGGCACCGGACCGUGUCGGCCGCAUCUCCUGGGCCGCCAGAGAUCUGCGAAUCACCCCCCUCCGACACUCCCCGGUACCACCAGGUACCAAGCCCGGGUCGCCCCUGCCAGGCUUGGACACGGCCUGAGCACCCAAGAGGCCCCGGAGUCAGGAUCCCCUUCCUAUCGGCCUGGGGACACCAAAGAAGGACAUAGGAUUCCAUCUACGAGCACUGAUCAGGAGGACAGGGGAGAUCUCACCUGGCACCGGACACAGGUGCCCCGAGCCUACGAGGCCAGGCUCCAGCAUCCUGGCAGGCACGACCUCGACUGUGCCCCAUCUGAGGCUCCCAGACCUCGGCUGACCAAGGCCGGCCAUCAGAAGCGGUGCCCCCACCUGUCUGAGGUCCAAAGAACCGGGAUCUGGCCUGGCCCCAAGCGGGGAUCAGCGGGGGUCCCCUCCCCUGGUGCGGAUGUGCCGUCCCCUGGAGAAUCAUGAAGGCAGGAUGACCUCAGCCGAAGCAGUGGCAGUGACUGGAAGUGCCUGGGAGGCUGGACCUCCUGCGUACCCUCCUGGCAGUCCUCAGGUCCUUAGGCGGCCUGGCCGGGCCCGGGUGGCACUGGUGGCACUGGUGUGGCUGCUGGCGGGAGCCAGCAUGUCUAGCCUUAACAAAUGGAUCUUCACGGUGCAUGGCUUUGGGCGACCCUUGCUGCUCUCCGCCUUACACAUGCUGGCGGCAGCUCUGGUAUGCCACUGGGGGGCCAGGCGCCCCAUGCCCGAUGGCACCCGUCACCGGAUACUGCUGCUCAGCCUCACCUUCGGCACCUCGAUGGCCUGUGGCAACGUGGGCCUGAGCACGGUGCCCUUGGACCUGGCACAGUUGGCCACCACCACUACACCACUGUUCACGCUGGCCCUGUCUGCACUGCUACUUGGCCGAAGACACCAUCCGUUACAGUUUGCCGCCAUGGGCCUGCUUUGCCUGGGGGCCGCCUGCAGCCUGGCAGGAGAGCUCCGGGUACCGCCCGCUGGCUGUGGCUUCUUGCUGGCCGCCACUUGCCUCCGAGGUUUCAAAUCCGUUCAGCAGAGUGCCCUGCUCCAGGAGGGGAGGAUGGACGCGGUGACCCUGCUGUAUGCCACCUCUGUGCCCAGCUUCUGCCUGCUGGCAGGUGCCACCCUGGUGCUGGAGGCUGGCGUGUCCCCAGCGCCUGUGCCCACUGACUCCCGCCUCUGGGCCUGUGUCCUGCUCAGCUGCUUCCUGUCCGUGGUCUACAACUUAGCCAGCUUCUCCUUGCUGGCCCUCACCUCCGCCCUCACCGUCCAUGUCCUGGGUAACCUCAGCGUCGUGGGCAACCUCACCCUGUCCCGAUUCCUCUUUGGCAGUCACCUCAGCGCCCUCAGCUAUGUGGGCAUUGCACUCAUCCUUUCUGGAAUGUUCCUUUAUCACAACUGUGAGGUUGUGGCCUCCUGGGCUGCCCGCCGGGGCCUGUGGCAGAGGGGCCAGCCUGGCAAAGGACUUUAGCACCUGAGAGCGUCCACGAGCCACAUCGGGACAGCCCCGAUGUCACUCCAGCGUUGGCCAAGGCCAUUGGCCAUGGGGAGAGCGGACAGAGAGAGCAGGUGGCCACUCUGAGGCUGAGGGCAAGGAGAGGAACCUUCGGGAAGGCUGGACCAGGCUGUCCCAGACAGACCCACGUCCUGCCCUGGCCUGCCUGACCCUGUCACAGGGUCACCCACCCACCACUGGACGGUGGGUCCAAGCCUGGCGGUCACUGUCCCAGUGGCUACACUGAACAUUGUUGGUCAAAACUUAGAAAGCCGUAGUGUUGUCAUGACGGCCAUGAUUCUUGGUGGCUGCACAGUCCUUUUUCCUCCGUGGGGAGGCGGUGAGGGGUCCCAGGGACUUGGCGUGUCUGUGCCAGCUCCAGGUGGCCUCAUUCCCUGGGCUUUCUGCUUUUGGGUCUUCCACCCUCAAAUACACUAUUUUUGCUUGGACACCUGUGUCAUUCCUCGGGCUUCAGGGAGAGUGGUGUCCCCCACCCCAGGCAGAAACUAGCACAUUGUCACUAACCUGUCACAAUCCCUCCCCUGGCCCGGUCACCAUCGCCUGCUUUCCUGAGGGUGGCAGUAAACUCCUCUCUGCUGCUCUGGCCCCACCUACUGCAUCUUCCAUGUCCCCUUCACCUGGAGGGACAGCUCUGGGGACAAAGAACUUCCUUGAGGCCUGGCGGAGUGGCCCAAGUGGUAGCGCACCUACCUAGCAAGCGCGAAGCCCUGGGUUCAAACCCCAGUACUGCAAAAAAAAAAGAAAAAGAAACAAACAAGAAAACUUCCUUGAGCUGGAGCGGUGGCGCAUGCCUGUAAUCCCAGCAAGGAAGGUCGUGAGUUUGAGACCAGGCUCCCGUCUCAUUUUGCUGCUUUUUCCUGAUGGACUUUGCCUUCCAGCAGUGCCACCCACACUCACUGGUGCCAUUGCACUGUCCGGUCCCCUGUUCCUGGCUACAUCCUGGUUUGGGAGUGGGAGAGAAAACCUGAUGACAGAGGGCUGUGCCCAGAGCUACGGGCACCUGGCGCCCCCCUCGACCAGCUGGCCUUGGCUCUACCAUGUCACCUCUCAGCCGUUCCUUGGGGUUAUGCACUCAACUCCCCUAUCCAGUGACCUGUGAAAAAUGACAAGGACCCUGCCUGGAGGGCAGAGACCUGGGGCCCAAUCCUGUCCUAUGUCUCCUUCGCUUUGUAGCUCUUUCUGGGCCUCAGUUUUCAUAUCUGCAAAAUGGGUUGACGAUCCAGAUGAGGAGCCCCGUGGGCAAGACUAUGGUCAAGGAAGGAGAUGGCCAGUGUCCAGCGGGGCUUUUGUCCCUGUUUUGUCCCUCUCUGACGUUCCAGACCCGUCUGGGAAAUGUCCCCCCUUUUGUGUGAGAAUGAAGAGUUAGACCACAGCUCAUCCUCCUCUAGACCGUUAGUCACAGAGGGCAUCGAAGCUGUGCAGCCAGGCAGGGCUGUGUGGACGGUCAGCCCCAGGCUGGGUGGGGAGCAGGCAGUGAGGACCCAGGAGGACAGGCCUGGGGUUUCCCGUCCCCAGCUCCACCCAGGCUGGCAUUUUAGCAGAGGAAGUGGGCCUGGUUGAGUCACUGCCACCCCCUCCUUCCCUGUGACUCAGAGAUGCCAUGGACCCAGCCCAGCCCAGCAGCUCAGGCACCUCCAGACUGCACCCUCAGGCUUGGCCGGGCAGGACAGAGAAAGGUGGCUUCGGCUGGACAGAGCCUCUGGGGUGACUCCCAGCCCUUCCUGAUCCAUGGGGACCCAGUGUCCUGAUGACACAAGUGAGGCCCCCAGGCUGCUGGGCCUUGUGGAAUGCUGGCCUCCUGUCAGUCCAAACCCUGGUGGCUGGGGUAUCUGCCUGACUCGGGAGCUGGCUUGUCACCAGAUGCAGGACCAUGAGACAUUGAUGAGAUUCCUGGGUAGCAACAGUCAUCACUCCUCCUGUUGACACAGAGAGCCCCGAACAUCGAGUUAGAAAGCCUGGCUUUCAGUCCCGGCCCUUCCUCCUCUCCUCACCGUCUGCCCUCAGGCCGGGGUUGCUAGGAGUGACGAUGGAGGGAUAGCCAGUGGGCACAGUCCCCCUGCAAGGUCAUUGUACUUUUGGGCUCUGUGGCCUCAGACAAGUGUCUUCACCUCUCUGAGCCUCCAUCUUUGAAUCCAGUCUCUCUGACAGAGAGCACAGGAGUUGUCCCGUAGCCAGGGGUGCAUUCCACGAUCCCCGGGGGACGACUGAAACUGUGUGGUGGGGGGUACCGAGCCCCGUCUGUGCUAUGCUCUCCUAUGCAAACGUGUACAAACUCAAUGUCUUUUCCAUCUUUUUGGGGGUGCGAGGGGUGGUAGGACUGGGAUUUGAACUUGCAAAGC